CAUCGUUUUCUAUGUGAAGUAAUUCGUGCGAGUUUGAGUUUCGAAAUUUCAUUUUUUAAGUAAACUUUUUGUUUCCUUUUUGACUUCAAUAUUGUAAAAUUUUUUGAAUAAAAAAAAAAAAAAUGGCUGAAGCAAAUCAGGACAAUAAUGAGCUUUAUACAUGCAGUGUUUGCGAAAAACACCUAAGAAGUGAGAAAGCACUUGGGAAGCAUAUGAAAUUUUACCAAGGUAAAUGCUUCCCACCUGAAGAAUCUGAGUCUAGAAAAAGACCUCGCAUUGAAAUAUUGUGUAAAGAUCAGGAUAAAAAUGAAACUAUGUUAAAUGAAGAUAACUUGGAUCAAAUGUCAACCUGUGAAAAACCUUCCCCAUCCUCGUUCAAGAAAGAGCAAAUUUCGGGUGAUGUGGGUAACUCCGAUGAAGAAUCAUCCUCAAAAGAGUUGCCAGUUUUCAAUCUUGCAGAGAAACAUCAGAUAUUGAAAGCUCAUUUGAGUCAUAAUUAUAGCCGUUAUAUAUCAGCAUUAAAAAGGUUGUUGCAAGGAGAUAUCGACAAGGAAAGGUUUUAUGAGGAAACUUACUCGUUUUUUACAAAGGAAACAAUUAAUGCCAACAAUGAAUUCCUGCGUGCAUUUUUUGCAGAAAUUUAUGCUGACUCAAAAGCAUCAUCUUCAUCUACAAACUGCUCUCAUUCUUGGUCACAUACACGUGGAAUUAGAUAUUGUAAAAACUGUAACAUGAGAGAUACAAAUAUUCAUUUCAGUUCUGUUCAAGGUCAUCAAAGAGAUCCUGAAGCAGAAAGUUCUUUUUCUGAAGAAUUGGCUAGCACUUUGUCAACUAAAGUGAUUAAUUUUGAACAUGCCUCUACUAAAGGAUACCUCCGCCCUGUUGAAGCAGCUUAUCAUGGAGAUGGUGUUCGAGAACAUUCAUCUAAGUUGGCAUGUCUGCCAGAUAUCGAAACUAUGUAUGGUCUUAUAUAUAUUACAGCAUGGGAAAGAGGCCUGAAUAUUGUUGAUAGGCUUGCUUUACCUGUAAUGACUGCUGCUGUGGAGAUUCAUCUUAAAAGAAUUGUUACUGCUAUUCUAAUGAGAAGAAAUGCAUAUAAAAUGCAACCUCCAAGUUCCUCAGGAAAAGAAAAUGAUGAAGCAUACAAUAAAUAGUAUGUUGAAAUUUAAACGUAUAUUUUGUACAAUUUAUCUUUAUUGAACAUUAAUUCAUGAUCUUUAUAGGAAGAAUUUUUAUGUAUAUUUUUGAUAUAUAAUUUGCUAAAAAUAAUUAAGCUGCAUUAUUAUUGUAAAUAUAUAAGGGUGAGGUUAUCUGUAGUACGUUUGAGUAAAUUUUUCUUAGUGCAAAUUUUAUCCUUCUGAAUGACAAGACUAUCUUUAACAAAUUAUUGGAUUUGUUGUCACCUGUUAUAUGAGGGUGUUUAAAAUAUUUUAGUUAAUAAUCUAACAGUCAUUCUAAUGGUUACCAUAGCUAACUGUAAAAUAUGUAAUUGUAAAUCUAAUAAUAUAUGCUGUUUAAAUACAGCUGUUUGUGCACAACUGGAUGCUGUAACAGUCUCAUAUACAAAAUUUCAAUGUUCUAUGGAUGUACACAUGUACAGACAUCACUAAAAAAUUCCAUUUGAAUCCAUUUCACAAUGAGUUUUGAAAAAAAAAAAAAAAAAAAAAAAAAAAA